CCCAAAACGUAUCAGUCGUCUCCACGAAUACUUGUGUAUCAAACCGUCCGAGAUAUGACGUCGUGGUCUCCAACAAAACCCCAUCAAAACCCCACCGAUAAUGUACGGAAAUGGACACACUGGCGGCUCUUUUGAGUGCUUUUUGUUUUUGUGCUCUCUUACUAUUGCCUUACAUUGCCAGAUGUACCAUUUCUACGUCGGCCUCUCUCCGAAUUCUGCCGCUCCAAAGGACAAAGUCUCCACGCCCUCGCGUCUCAGAGCGGUGAAGACGCCCGUAUACACCGUCCAACGACGGCGAACCCGCAAAACUCUUGCCCUUCUCGGCGCCGUAUUGGCUGGCAUGGGUCUCUUGCGUCCCAUGACGGUAACUUGGUUUGUCUGACGACAUGUCACCGUUCCUCGUUCCUCGUUCCCCCCCUCCGGCCAUGCCCGUGGAUCCAGGUGGGGAGUUCUUCAUCCUCCUCCGGAUUAGAGGACCCCUCUCUCUCUCUCCAGAGGCAUCUUGGAUCGUACGGGGAUUGGGGAGAAUCGGGGCAAGCCUUUGAGGGGCGGCUGGGGAUUGGCUACUUCCGGGGGGCUUUCUGGGUUGGGUGUGAACAGCACAAGGCGCCAGGGUCCGAGGCUGGCACGAGAAGCCAUACUACCAUACCAUGUCAAUGCAGGUGAGGGAGGAGGCAUGUACUUUUUUUUGCGCGUUGCCUCUGGCAUGAGCGAAUGGAGCGGACUACCUGAAUGGUGAGGAGAAAGCAGGAAGUCAAAACUUUGGCGCUGACGUUGCCGAUCUUUACCCUGCCGCCGUCUGUUUGGGAUUUCAUCUAUAAGUCGAUGCCCGCCGCCCCGUCUCGCAUCUGAUCAUCCUGUUUGUUUACCUCUUCAUCUCGACUAUCCCGUUCUCCCUUCCCGACCCGAUCUACGACCCCUACAGCCCUCGACACUGUCUGGGAACACACCGAUCAGAUACUGUCUCCGCUGUGAAAAGAGUCUUCGAGAUGGGCAAGCUCAACUACUUCGGCCUUCGUGGCAAGAGCCUCAACUGGGCCAUCAGUGUCAUCGCAGGAUGUGACUUUUUGCUUUUCGGAUAUGACCAGGGUGUCACCGGUGGUAUUCUCACCCUCCCGGCCUUCCAGUCUCAGUUCCCUACCAUCGACCCGGAGCCCAAGGGCAUCAGCGUCGGUCUCACCACCAGCCAGCGGUCUACCAACCAGGGUAUCGCCGUCGCCUCGUACAACCUGGGCUGCUUCCUCGGCGCCAUCAUCGCCAUCUUCAUCGGUAACCCUCUCGGCCGCAAGCGCAUGAUCAUUCUCGGCACCGCCAUCAUGGUCAUUGGCGCCGCUCUCCAGGCUUCUGCCUUCUCCAUCGAGCACCUCAUCAUCGGACGCAUCAUCACCGGCCUCGGAAACGGCGGCAACACAUCGACGGUCCCUACCUGGCAAUCCGAGACGUGCAGCUCUCACAAGCGCGGUAAGCUCGUCAUGAUCGAGGGUGCCCUCAUCAGCGGUGGCAUCAUGAUCUCCUACUGGAUCGACCUCGGCAUGUCCUUCGCUCCCGGCUCCGUCUCGUGGCGUUUCCCCCUGGCCCUGCAGAUCCUCUUCUGCGUCUUCAUCCUGGCUUUCGUUUGGAACCUGCCCGAGUCUCCCCGCUGGCUCAUCCUCAAGGGCCGCGACCAGGAGGCUAAGGAGGUCAUCGCCGCUAUCGCCGACCUGCCCGAGGACGACGACUACUGCAAGAACGAGUACGUCGUCAUGAAGAAGACGGUCGAGGAGAUGUCCAAGGGCAGCUUCAAGGAUCUCUUCACCAUGGACAAGAACCGCAACUUCCACCGCACCUGCAUCGCCUACGUCAACCAGAUGUUCCAGCAGAUCUGCGGUAUCAACCUCAUCACCUACUACGCCGCCGUCAUCUACUCCGGCCUGGGCAUGUCUCGCUUCAUGUCCCACUUGCUGGCCGCACUCAACGGUACCGAGUACUUUAUUGCUUCCUGGCCCGCCGUCUUCUUGGUUGAGCGUGUCGGCCGCCGCAAGCUCAUGCUUUUCGGUGCUGUCGGCCAGGCGCUCACCAUGGCUAUCCUCGCCGGUGUCAACUCUCAGUCGACGUAUGCCUGCCAGAUCACCGGUAUCGUGUUCCUCUUCGUCUUCAACACCUUCUUCGCCAUUGGCUGGCUCGGCAUGACUUGGCUCUACCCGGCCGAGAUCGUCCCCCUGCGUAUUCGCGCUCCCGCCAACGCCCUCUCGACCUCUGCCAACUGGAUCUUCAACUUCAUGGUCGUCAUGAUCACUCCCGUCGCCUUCGACACCAUCAAGCACCACACCUACACCAUCUUCGCCAUCAUCAACGCCAUCAUCGUCCCCGUCACCUACUUCUUUUUCCCUGAGACCGCCUACCGCUCCCUCGAGGAGAUGGACUCCAUCUUCGCAAAGGCUGCUCCCGGUAUCAAGGGCGCCUUCGAUGUGGUCGAUGUUGCCCGCAAGGAGCCCCACCGCUAUGGCAAGAACGGCGAACUUCUCAUCCACUACGAGGAUGACAAGGAGAACGGCCAUGCUACCACUCGCGAGAACCGCCGCGAGGGCAGCACCAGCAGCAGUGAGCCCAACGGCUUGUGGGCCCGCCAGGACGAGGAGACACAGAACGUCGAGAAGUCGGAGAAGUCUUGAAGAGGUUAAUUUCCUUGAAAUGGCGCAUUGCUUCCUCAAUUGCUUGGCCGAUUGGGAGGCUCCCAAGCGACUUAAUCGCUACGAAUUAUGUCCUUGCCGGACAACUCCGGCUUUCUCACCUUGGGCACGGACUUGGGUCCGAUGUCAUUAAUUCCUAUUCUCUUAUAUGAAGUUCGCGAACUUCAACCGUUCUUAAGAUACCACUAGAUUAUCUAGAUUUCGAGCAUUAGAUACCACAACAUGUUAAAUGACUCUG